AUGACCGUGAUGAGGGAACACCAUCACCACGUCUCCCACCUCGAUGAGGCUAGCAAGGGGGUUAUGGUGUCGAUGUCCACCCUCGGCGUCAACUACACCUUCGGCGAGGUCCGGCCUAGCCUCGGACGGCGACACGGUCGGAGGACGGCGCUGCAGAAGACCAUCGACUACGCGUGCGGCUCCGGGGCGGACUGCAACUCCAUCCAUGAGACCGGGGCGUGCUACAACCCCAACACCGUCCCGGCGCACUGCUCCUGGGCCGCCAACAGCUACUACCAGAACAACAAGGCCAAGGGCGCCACCUGCGACUUCGCCGGCACCGCCACCCUCACCACCAGCGACCCGAGCUCUUCGGGCUGCUCUUACCCCACCACCAGUGCAAGCGCCGCGGGAACCGUGACCCCGACCACCGGCGGCACAAUGGGAGGAGCGGGAGGCCCAGGGACCUUGACGCCCGCCGGGACAGGCGCAGGCACAGCCGGCACUACCGGCAUGGGGACUGCAGGCACUACGGGUACCGGGUUCGGCGGCCUAGGACCAGCAGGCAUGGACACAGCGGCGGCGGCGGCGGGGGGCUUGCUCCUCCUCCCAGAGGCUGGGCUGUGCGCUGCCCUCGUCGCGCUCCUCCUCUCCGCCAUCGUGCUCGCGUGACGCCUUCACAUGACCUCGGAAACAACAACCUACUGCCUGCAUGCUAGUAGUAGUAGAAAGCGCUGCCCUUUUGGGAGGUGUAUGUAGUUCAGGAGUACUCUGAUUAUCUAUGGAGAAAGGGUGGGAAUUAUUGGGGAAAAAAACUAAUGCAUCCCACUAGCGCCUGCUUCUUGUU